AAGCCCGGCAGACUCCUCCCGGCGUGCUGCGGAGGAACGGCUGUUAGUGUUUAGCUGUGGAUAGCCAGAGGUUAGGGUGUCUUCUCGAAUCGGGGAACCUCUGAUUUUGGAGGAGCCAUGGCGCUCAGGGUCACUAGGAACACGAAAAUUAACGCAGAAAAUAAGGCCAAGGUCAGUAUGGCAGGCGCCAAGCGUGUGCCUGUGACAGUUACUGCUGCUUCCAAGCCCGGGCUGAGACCGAGAACUGCUCUUGGAGACAUUGGUAAUAAAGUCAGCGAAGAGCUACAGGCAAGAGUGCCUCUGAAAAGGGAAGCAAAAACACUAGGUACUGGAAAAGGUACUGUUAAAGCCCUACCAAAACCUGUAGAGAAGGUGCCUGUGUGUGAACCAGAGGUGGAACUUGCUGAGCCUGAGCCUGAACCUGAACUUGAACAUGUUAGAGAAGAGAAGCUUUCUCCUGAACCUAUUUUGGUUGAUAAUCCCUCUCCAAGCCCAAUGGAAACAUCUGGAUGUGCGCCUGCAGAAGAGUAUCUGUGUCAGGCUUUCUCUGAUGUAAUCCUUGCAGUGAGUGAUGUAGACGCAGAUGAUGGAGCUGACCCAAACCUCUGUAGUGAAUAUGUGAAAGAUAUCUAUGCUUAUCUCCGACAACUGGAGGAAGAGCAGUCAGUUAGACCAAAAUACCUACAGGGUCGUGAAGUGACUGGAAACAUGAGAGCUAUCCUCAUUGACUGGCUAAUACAGGUUCAGAUGAAAUUUAGGCUGCUUCAGGAGACCAUGUACAUGACUGUGUCCAUUAUUGAUCGGUUCAUGCAGAACAGUUGUGUGCCCAAGAAGAUGCUGCAGCUGGUCGGUGUAACGGCCAUGUUUAUUGCAAGCAAAUAUGAGGAGAUGUACCCUCCAGAAAUAGGUGACUUCGCCUAUGUGACUAACAACACGUACACUAAGCACCAGAUCAGACAGAUGGAGAUGAAGAUUCUCAGAGUUCUGAACUUCAGCCUGGGUCGCCCUCUGCCUCUGCACUUCCUCUGUAGAGCAUCUAAAGUCGGAGAGGUUGACGUCGAGCAGCACACUUUGGCCAAAUACCUCAUGGAGCUCUCCAUGCUGGACUACGACAUGGUGCAUUUUGCUCCUUCUCAAAUUGCAGCUGGGGCUUUCUGCUUAGCGCUGAAAAUUCUUGACAACGGUGAAUGGACACCAACUCUGCAGCACUACCUAUCCUACAGUGAAGACUCCCUGCUUCCUGUUAUGCAGCACCUGGCUAAGAAUGUAGUCAUGGUGAACUGUGGCCUCACAAAGCACAUGACUUUCAAGAACAAGUAUGCAGCAUCUAAGCAUGCUAAGAUCAGCACGCUGGCACAGCUGAACUCUGCACUAGUUCAGAAUUUGUCUAAGGCCGUGACAAAGGCAUACCUCCAAUGGACUGCUACAUCUGCAGAUGCAGUUGGCACCAUGUGCCGCCUGUACAUAGGAUACCUACCAUGUUUACUUGCUCUUCAAUAAAGGUUGUGACUUCUCAUUUAAAAAAAAAAGAAAA